GUUAUCAAAACAGUCGUCUGCCGAUAAAACGACUGACUUGAUAUUUUAACUGAGUAGUGCGUUGGUCUCACCUGCUUACAAAAUUAUUCGUGUGAACAUCUUUUUUUAGUAUUUAUUAUUCCCGGAUUUUAAAAUGUCUUCAAACACCAGAAGUUCAGCUUUUCGUAAAAUUGACGUAGAUCAAUUCAAUGAAAAUUUUAAAGAUGACGAGCAAACAGAAUUUCAGUCUCCAACAUCUAUACCUGAUGAGGCGGAAAUCACUAAAUUAAUUAAUCAAGGAAAUCUCGCUGAAGCUUUAAAAUCUGCAUUGAAAAAUGCUCCUUUAGGUUCUAAGAAUCAACAAUUAAAGGACAAUGCAUUGAAUGUAGUCAUGAAAGUUUUAUUGGGUACUAAAGUAUCCCAAAUUGAUGAAGUUGUAGCCCAAUUGGAUAUUGAUACAAUUGAUAUUUUGAUGAAGUAUAUUUAUAAAGGUUUUGAAAAAUCUACAGAAAAGAAAAGCAGCCAUUUACUUAUGUGGCAUGAAAAAGCUUAUGCUCUUGGUGGUGCUGGAAGUAUAAUUCGAGUGUUAACAGAACGAAAAAGAGUGUAAUCCAUAUUAUAUAUUUAUCUGGGCAAAUAUUUAUUUUAUGGUCUCCUUGGAAAAUCAAACAAUAUUUCCAUUUGAAAUCAAACUUAUUUAAUAACCCAUAACUUCAUCUAGAAUCAUUGUUAAAAACUCUUAAACAUUUUGUAAUUCUGUCUAACUAAAUUUUAUUAAUCAUGUUUAAUAUUUCAAAAUAUUAAUUUAUAUUUUAUCUGGUAGCAUUAAACAAUGGCGACUGAAAUAAUUUGAUGCUUUCUAAGUAUUAUUAAUAAGUCUAAUAUAUUAUGAUAAUUUGUUCAAAUUAACCAUAAACGAUUUUAAUUUUUCAAACAGAUGUCCAAUAUAAUAAAUAAAGUUGUUAAUUUAUAUCCCCUCAAUGAUUAAAAGUUGAUGCCUGAUCAUGUUUUAGAAAAAGUUUUAUUUAAGUUGUGAGUAUUAUUACAAAUUGUUUUUACUUAAAGAAAUUAUAGUGUUAAUAUUAUGAUUUCAUAAGUUUAUAAAGUAUAAUUGAAGCAUUUAUAUUGUAACAUAAACAUUUAGAAUUACGAUUAUUCUAAGUUAAGAUAAUUGAUGAAAAAAAAUUGCCAUUCUAGACUUGGACUUACAAUUUUAUUGAGAUUCAACGAGUGAGUUGUAAACCUAUUUUUAUAAUAAAUGUAUUAAAAUUUAA